AUGGCCUUGAGCACAGUGCGGGUAGUGGAGUUGGAUGGCAGAUAUCCUUCUUCCUUCUGCAGCAUGAUUCUAGCCGACUUCGGAGCACAGGUGACUCGUGUGGUUUGGGACCGUGAAUAUUUCCCAAACUUUGUGAAUCGGGGUAAGAAGUCGCUGGCUCUAAACCUGAGAACUCCAGAAGGUGCCGCGGUCCUUGAGCAAAUCUGUCUUCAGUCUGAUGUGUUGAUUGAUCCUACGCCUGAAGGGGCCCUGGGGAGAGGGAAGAUUUUGCCAGAGGACAUGUUACAGAAGAAUCCAAGACUCAUCUACGUGAAGGUUUCUGCUGGAGUGGACUUAUCCAGUAAGAAUUCCCAAAGCAAAGGGCAUGAUAUUAACUUUUUGGCUCUGUCUGGUGUGUUGUCCAAAUUCGGCCGGAAAGAUGAGAUACCACAGGCACCCCCAAAUGGACAGGGUUCCACAAUCGGAGGAGGAGUUCUUGGGGCCUUGGGCAUCGUGAUGGCUCUUUUUGAACGUGCCCAGUCUGGGAAAGGACAAACAGUUAAUGUAAAUUUGAUAGAAGGUACAGCUUAUGCUAGUUCUGUGCUGUGGUACCUGCAGAAUAUGGACUAUUAUAACAAAGCAAGGGGAGAAAAUCUACAUGAUGGUGGUUCGCCCUUCUAUCAAACCUAUCAGACCUCUGAUGGGAAAUUCAUGGCCGUGGGGGCCUAUGAACCCCACAUCUACGAGAAAUUUCUGAAGGGCCUCAGCCUCAAUCCUUCAGAACUUCCCAAGCAGAUGAGUUCACCAGACUGGCCGAGGCUGAAGACACUCUUUGCAGAUAUAUUUUCGAAGAAGACGCAAGCACAAUGGUGUGAGAUCUUUGCAGACCUGGAUGCAUGUGUGACCCCUGUUCUGACAUUUGAUGAUAUUUCUCAACUCGUGAAGAAGAAGGGAAGCACUUCUUUUAUCAUGGACCAACAGGAUGUGGUAGCUCCCAUGCCAGUGCCAUUUUUGUCCAAAACUCCAGCUUCUGUCCCUUCCACACGCAUUGCGGUCCUAGGAGAACACUCUGAAGAAAUACUCACCAAAUAUGGAUUUAGGAAAGAAAAAAUAGCCCAACGCCUCGAUUUGGGAGUCAUUAAAAGCAGUAAGGCAAAAGCUAAUCUAUAA